CCAAUGCAGUCGGAAACUUCUCAACAACAGGACGAAGUUGAAGAUCCAGCUUCAAUUCGUCCUCUUAAUAGGACCUCUUCAAUAAACUCACUUCAAUCAAGUUCCGUUGGAUCUCGAACACCUUUUAUACCGUUCAGCACUUCGUUCAGUCUUGAUGGAAUCCCUAUUCCAUCACCUAUUCCUUCCUUAGACGAACACGGAUUGGGUUGGCCGGGAAAGGGAACACUCGCCAGAUUAGCUGAAAAGCGUUCCAACCAAUCUCGAUCUCUUGCACCCGAAGCUCUGGUUCAAUCUCAUCAAGUUCCCAGCGACAUCCUCGAGACUUCGGAACAGGCGCGGUCGUCAGAUCGCGUCACAUCAUUGACCAACCCAUCUGGGUUAGGAUCUUCCUCUGAAGCGCAAUCUGCCGGUGAUGCAACUGAGUUGAGCCGUGUCACUCGGUUAGCCUCAGCUGUCAGGGAGAUUCUGGAUUGUAUUGGAGAAGAUCCUGAGCGUGAAGGCCUUCUCAAGACACCCGAACGAUAUGCAAAAGCUUUGUUAUGGAUGACGAAGGGAUAUGAAGACAAACUUCCAGACGUGAUUGGUUCAGCUGUGUUUAAUGAAGAUCACGAAGAGAUGGUCAUAGUAAAGGAUAUCGAAGUUUUUAGUUUAUGUGAACAUCACCUAGUACCUUUCACCGGAAAAGUUUCAAUCGGAUACAUUCCUAAUCAGAAAGUUUUAGGAUUAAGCAAAUUGGCUCGAAUCGCGGAAACUUUCAGUCGACGGUUACAAGUUCAAGAACGACUUACUAAACAGAUUGCUGUCACUGUUCAAGAAGCUAUACAACCUUUAGGAGUUGCUGUCGUAAUGGAAUGUACCCAUAUGUGUAUGACCAUGAGAGGAGUACAGAAACCAGGUGCUUUGACUGUGACGAGUUCUAUGCUUGGCUGCUUUCGCACAAAGGACAGGACUCGAGCCGAGUUUCUCAAUCUGAUCAAGAAGUAAAUCGUUCAGUAUAGUCUUGCGCCGGCUUAUCACAUCGCUUUCAAUGCCUUCUUUUUCCUCUAAACUCAGUAAAAGAAGCUUUAUCAAAGUGUGUUUUACCAGUCUCGCCUCCCUUUGUGUCAGCAAGCAUCAUUCUACCACCAUUCAACAGUAAUCUCAUUCAUUAAGCGUCACCCUCCGUCCUUGUAGAUAUUUAGCAUGCUGUCAGAUCAUCAUCACUCUUUGGAAAGCAUUGUACACCUUGGCCCAGUGUGAAUAUCUAGUAUGUCUUGAUUCUACAAAAGUUUUAUAUUGUAUUGUUUAACAUUUGUUCAUUAUGUGUUUGGUGCAACUAACUAGAAAUGUAACCUACAUUUACAGACCAUUGAAUGUGUUUUCCUUAUGUUCUUUCUUUGUUGUUCAGAAGAGCGUUUCUUCACAUUCUUAACUAUUUACUAUUUUACACUCUUUUUUGGGAAAUUUAGACAUGUCAGGCUUAAGUUGUU